UGCUCGUCGGCGACAACAUAGUGAUAACAGUUCGAAUUGUGAGUGUUGUUCGGAAGGUUUCCAUAAAAAUGCCCAAACGACGUUUGUCUAGCCAAGACAAAUAUGGUGAGAUUGAAAAAUUAAAGAAGCAAUUUCGACAAAUGCAGGAGCAUCUAAAUAAAAUUUGUGAGUCCCGUGAAUCUAGUGAUUCAUCAUCUGCAAAAUGUACAAGUACAUCAGGAUUGAGACCGGACUCGCAGGAUAAUGUAGGAAAUGAAUUGCACGAGGAAAUAGUCGUUCGUUGGGACAGCCUUUUAAAAAAAAGGUUUACCAAGGACCAACGAGAAGAGUUGAUGACAAAGUUUAAAAUACCUUCAAAUUGUAAGGUUUUGCAACCUCAUCAAAUAAAUAAUGAAGUCGAACCAUGCCUAAUAAAAUCUCUUCUUGAACACGAUCGUUUUAUGAGAGCCUUACAACAACAGUUGGCUCACGGUCUGUCAGCAGUAGGGGCUGUUAUGGAGACUAUGAUGCCUAACAAAGAACAGGCUGAUACCAUGAAAUCAUUGGUAGAGGCCUGCCAGUUAUUUACUGACGUUCACCAUGGGCUUUCAGUUCACCUUAGAUUUAAAGUUAUACCACAUUUAAAUCCUGAAUGUAAGAGGGUGGUAGACAACUUUGAAAUAGAUGAUUUUUUGUUCAAUACAAAAUUCGCUGAAACAAUGAAGAACAAACAGGCAAUAAAAAAGGCCGGUACUGAUUUUAAGAAGAAAACUUGGCACUCCAAUUUUAUAGGACCUUCAGGAUCUGCGAUACCAAAUAAUAAUAAAUUUAAACUACCGGCGUGCGCUACCAAAAGGAAGAAUGAAAGAGAAGGGGAGGCGAGAAGAGAGGAGACCAUUGGAACAACAGAGGAAGUUCAGAAGAGACCCCAAGAAGUACGAUCACCAGACAUAACUGCUAGAACAAAAGUCAGUAAUCACGCUGAACAUGAACUCUGCGUAGCCUCUGCUAUUGAAGACUUCAUUAAAAGAACUAAAUCAUUUCGUAAUACUGAGGAAAUCUUAAUACUUACACACAAAAAACCAUAUCCCGCAUCUCCGCAAACAAUAAGUCGAUGGAUUAAGAAAACCUUACACUUAGGAGGUGUAGACACAUCAGUUUUCUCAGCGCACAGUGUACGCCACGCUGCAACCUCUGCUGCACUUAAAGCAGGCGUAACCAUAGAUGUAAUUAAAAAUACAGCAGGUUGGACUCCUGCCUCGAAUACCUUUUUUAACUUUUAUAAUGGGCCUGUAGAAGAUCCUCAGACUGCUUUGGCCAAUGCUAUUGUUCAAUUAGGAUCUAAAUAA